GGCAGAGGGGCACCACGGGCACCCGCCUCGCGGACCAUCCCCUUGCCCCAAAACACGCCAGCCAGCGGACAGCCCCAGGGGAAGGGAGCGAGGGGCUCGCUGCUGACCAACUCGCAAGGCAACAGAGGGGCAGGGUGGGGGAACCCAGCCCUUCCCCGCCCGCCCUCCUUUAAAAGGGGGGGUGGGUUGUGAGAUAAGCCGCUGUUGGGAAAGAGAAGCAUUUGGAAGCGGCUGGGAGCAGAUCGGGCUGCGGAGCCGGGGGGGGGGGUGGGGGGGGGGGAGCGGAGGAGGUGGAGAGCUGGAGCAGUAGGAGGAGCCGCCGUGUGACCCGCACCGCUCCCAAACUUGAAAGUUUAUCUGCCCGAAAGCACCGGCAGCAACCUCGGUUUGCACAUCCCUCCUGUUACGCGGAGAGGAGGCGUUGAGUGGGGGGAGAGCCCGGCAGACCUGAGCUGUCGCGGGAGUGCGCGAAAGGCGGGGGGAGACCCAACUCACCCCCCCCACCCCCUCUCCCGGCAGGCAGCACAGCAAGCGACCCCAAACCCUGAGAGAGGCAGAGGAGCCCGGGCUGGAGCGAGCUCCUUUGCCGGAGAUCAAGGGCUCGCUCAGCACCCACGCGCGAGAGAGACUAUUGCCAGUAGCCGAGGGGGCACAAAAGUGAACGAAGGCUGGGGGGGGGGGCUGGGGGCGGCGAACGCCGCGCAGGGUGUCACAAAAGAAUCAUCGCAACCUGCGCGAGAAGAGGGGGGCAAAAACUUCCUACCAGUGGACAACAGGAAGUGAGCAGCACCACCAGCAACGGGGAGGCUCUGCUUGGAGCAAGAAGCUGCAAGACAAAGAAGGAAGGAAGGAGAGGUGAAAGACAAAACUGCUCAGGGGCUUGUGGUUUUGUGUGUGUGUGUGUGUGUGUGUGUCCCCCCGCCCCACACGCCUCCCUCCCAGGAGGAGAGAGCAAAAGUCAGCGGGGUGGAGGAAGGAGAAAAAAGAGAAGCAGGAGGGAGGAAGAGCAAAAGACAAGAAUGUGAAGCUCCAAGGAGAGAAGAGGGGAAAGAAAGCGGAGCGCACCCACAAAAGUUUCUCGCCUCCCGACCAAGCAGAAAGUGACCCCACACGCGCGCCCAUACAGACAUCAGAUGCCACCCAGGGCAACUGCUGGGGAAAGAGGAGCCAGGAGAGAAGACGACUCCGAGUGGUGCAAACAAAAAAAAGCCCACAGAGCAGAAGAAAGCCAAGCAAAAGUAGCGGAGGGGGAGGCGGGGAAGAAGAACACGAAGAUCAUGACCUUCCCCAACAAGUGAAGCUCGCACCUAUGUUGUGUGAAGUGUGUGCGCACCAGAGCCCCGCUGCGCGCUGUGUGUGCGUGUGUGUGUGUGUUUUGCUGCGGCUGCCCCCGCCGCCGCUGCUGCUGGGGUCGGUGCCUCUUGCAGGAGGCGCCGCUGGUGCCGGGGAGACGCAUCGUUUGGCGGAGUGAAGCGGCUAAUUGCUGAGCCCCGUCCCUCAUUUACAUAUGCAGCCUGAGUCCGCUGGAGCCGGGCCAAUCCGCGCUCGCCCCCAGCACCAUUAAUCGCCAUGCAUUAUUCACAAUCAUAAUUACCGAGCCCCAUGCGCGAUCCGCGCAGCCGCCCCAGCUCGCAGCGCACGCCCCACCGCACCGCGCACACCCAGCCCGGCUAAUCCCCCCGCUCGCUCAGUUUGUUUGUUUGGUCCGGUCUCCCCCCCCCCCCCCACACCCACCCACUCGACUUUUUCUUUGCGAUCAAUUAUUUCCAGCCCCCUCCCACCGGCUACCCCCCCCCCCUUCCUCCCGCUGAUGCCUCUGCAAAAAGCAGCACCCAGAAGCCGCAGUUAGCAGCAUGUCUCGGCGAAAGCAAGCGAAGCCCCAGCAUCUCAAGUCGGACGAGGAGCUGCAGGCGGAGGUAGUUUCUGAGCACGCAGUCCCAGGAGAAGGAGCAGAUGAUGGUGAUAGUGGGAAUGAAAGCAGGAGUGGAAGUGAAGAAACCAACAUUUGCGAAAAAUGCUGUGCAGAAUUCUUCAAGUGGACAGACUUCCUGGAGCACAAGAAGAAUUGCACUAAAAACCCACUGGUGUUGAUUGUGAAUGAAGAUGAAGCAGCACCACCCGCCUCUGAAGAAUUCCCUGAACUCUCGCCUGCUAGUUCGCCUAGUGAUCAGGCAGAGAGUGAGGCUGCUGAAGAAAGUGUUCAGCCAGAGAACAACGAGAGCUGUGAGAUAAAAAACACUGAAAAGGAAGAAGAGCCGAUGGAGGUUGAAACUUCUGUGGAAAAAAGUUUCCAGAAUCAAGGCACCUCAAACACAGCUACUCCUCUACCUCAGAUUCCUGAAUCAUCUUCCAUGACAAAUUAUAACAUGCCAAACACUAAUGUUACAUUAGAGACUCUACUGAGUACUAAAGUGGCAGUUGCACAGUUUUCACAGAAUGCAAGGUCUGCAGCUUCUGCAAACACGAACAGUGGGGUUACUGCAAUGGUCAUCCCAAUGAUUCUAGAGCAGCUGAUGGCAUUGCAACAGCAACAAAUUCACCAGCUCCAGCUAAUUGAACAGAUCCGCAGUCAGGUGGCAAUGAUGAAUCGACAGCCGUUACGUCCCUCUCUGAACCCAGUAGUUCCUUCCCAGAAUACUCCUGUGCAAGCUUCUAACCAGCUCCAAGGAUUUGCAGCAAGUUCUGCUCUUCAGCUAACCAUUGUUCCUCCCACCAUUGUGGGACAGGCCACUAGCAAUCAGUCUUCUGCCUUUGAGGGUUCUCAGCACAUCUCAAGGCCUACAUCUGGAGCAAGCACACCUAACAUAACCAGCAAUGGCUCUUCUGCCCCAGCUGAAUCAAGUGCACCCUCCUCCUCUAAUGCAAUUACAUCAGUCACUCCUGCUUCUGCAUCAAAUACUAAUAGUUCUUCACAGCCCCCAAAUGCUUCAACUCCACCUUCAGUAGGACAUGGAAAUCUCACCUCAGCUUCCAGCCUGCCAAACCCACUUCUACCUCAGACUUCAUCAAAUAGUGUGAUCUUCCCCAACCCACUGGUUAGCAUUGCUGCAACAGCUAAUGCAUUAGAUCCUCUAUCUGCCCUUAUGAAGCACCGCAAAGGAAAGCCACCAAAUGUGUCAGUGUUUGAACCCAAGUCAAGCUCGGAGGAUCCAUUUUUUAAACAUAAAUGUCGAUUUUGUGCCAAGGUCUUUGGAAGUGACAGUGCUUUACAAAUACACCUACGUUCACACACAGGAGAGAGACCUUUUAAAUGUAACAUAUGUGGAAAUCGCUUUUCCACAAAAGGCAAUCUGAAAGUUCAUUUUCAGAGACAUAAGGAGAAAUAUCCCCACAUUCAAAUGAAUCCAUAUCCUGUUCCAGAAUACCUCGACAAUGUGCCCACUUGCUCUGGAAUUCCAUAUGGAAUGUCACUGCCUCCUGAAAAACCAGUUACAACAUGGUUGGAUAGUAAGCCUGUGUUACCGACUGUUCCAACUUCUAUUGGGCUACAGCUUCCUCCCACUAUACCUGGUGUUAACAGUUAUGGAGAUUCUCCAAGUAUUACUCCUAUGAGCAGGUCACCCCAAAGGCCAUCUCCUGCUUCAAGUGAAUGCACUUCUUUAUCUCCAAGCCUAAACAAUUCUGAAUCGGGCAUUCCAGUGUCUGCUGACUCACCACAACCAAUUCACAGUUGCCCUUCUCUGACUAAAACCGAACCUGUCACUCUGCCUCCCACAAAUGCAAGGUUAGGAGACCUUACUGUAAGUGGGCAAGUUUGUACCGCUUCCACAUCUUCAGUUCCAACUGCUGUUACAGAUAGCAGCAUUUCAACAAGCCUCCCAAACCCUGUGCUUCCAGCAAUGUCUGACCAGUUCAAGGCAAAGUUUCCAUUUGGUGGUCUACUAGACUCUAUGCAAACAUCAGAAACCUCAAAACUACAACAGCUAGUAGAGAACAUUGAUAAGAAGAUGACAGAUCCAAAUCAAUGUGUCAUUUGUCACCGUGUGCUUAGUUGUCAGAGUGCUCUCAAGAUGCAUUACAGAACACAUACGGGAGAAAGACCAUUUAAAUGCAAAAUUUGUGGACGUGCCUUUACUACAAAAGGCAAUCUAAAAACACAUUUUGGAGUUCAUCGAGCCAAGCCACCACUAAGAGUACAACAUUCAUGUCCCAUUUGUCAGAAGAAAUUUACAAAUGCUGUUGUUCUCCAGCAACAUAUUCGUAUGCAUAUGGGUGGACAAAUUCCAAACACACCAUUACCAGAGGGCUUCCAAGAUGCAAUGGACUCAGAGCUUUCCUAUGAUGAAAAGAAUGUUGAAACACUGAGCAACUACGAUGAUGACAUUGAUGAAAAUUCUAUGGAAGAGGACCCAGAAUUAAAGGACACAGCAAGUGACUCAUCCAAACCACUUAUAUCUUACUCUGGGUCUUGUCCUCCCUCACCGCCUUCUGUAAUUUCCAGUAUUGCUGCUCUGGAGAAUCAAAUGAAAAUGAUUGAUUCUGUCAUGAACUGUCAGCAGCUGACCGGUUUAAAAUCCAUAGAAAAUGGAUCAGGUGAAAGUGACCAUUUGAGCAAUGAUUCCUCAUCAGCUGUUGGUGAUCUCGAAAGCCAGAGUGCAGGCAGCCCUGCAAUGUCAGAAUCUUCUUCCUCCAUACAAGCUUUGUCUCCUGUAAAUAGCAAUAGUGAAAGUUUUAGAUCAAAGUCCCCAGGUCUUAGCAACCUGGGAGAACCACAGGAAAUACAAUUAAAGACAGAAAAACCUGAUAGUCCACCACCUGCUACUGAAAAUGGAGGUGCUUUAGAUCUGACAUCCACCAACCCGGGAAGACCUGUCAUCAAAGAGGAGGCUCCUUUUAGCCUGCUGUUCCUGAACAGAGAACGUGGUCCCAGCCAAAGUACUCCUAGCCUGGUCACCAGCACUGCGCCUACCAUGAUCAAAAUGGAAGUGAAUGGUCACAGCAAGCCGAUCUCACUGGGUGAGGUUCCCUCGCUUCCAGCUGGAAUCCAGGUUCCUGCUGCACCACAGACAGUGAUGAGUCCUGGCAUCACUCCUAUGCUGGCACCCCCGCCACGUCGGACUCCCAAGCAACACAACUGUCAAUCCUGUGGGAAGACUUUCUCCUCAGCAAGUGCACUACAGAUACAUGAACGCACCCAUACUGGUGAAAAGCCAUUUGGUUGCACAAUCUGUGGUAGAGCUUUUACCACAAAAGGGAAUCUUAAGGUUCACAUGGGAACUCAUAUGUGGAAUAAUGCCCCUGCAAGACGUGGUCGUCGACUGUCCGUGGAAAACCCAAUGGCUUUGUUAGGUGGUGAUGCUCUGAAGUUUUCUGAAAUGUUCCAAAAAGAUUUGGCAGCUCGGGCAAUGAAUGUUGACCCAAAUUUUUGGAACCAGUAUGCUGCAGCUAUCACUAACGGACUUGCUAUGAAGAACAAUGAGAUUUCUGUCAUACAGAACGGAGGCAUUCCCCAGCUCCCAGUAAGUUUAGGUGGAAGUGCCAUUCCAUCUUUAAGUAACAUUACCAGUGGCAUGGACAAAGCUCGCACUGGCAGCAGCCCUCCCAUUGUUGGUCUGGACAAAGCAAGUUCUGAAACUGGAGCCAGUCGUCCAUUCACAAGAUUUAUUGAGGAUAACAAAGAGAUUGGCAUAAAUUAAAAGCAUUCAGUACAAAUAACUGUUGGACCACUACUCAACACAACAUUUAUUCUAUUUCAUGUACAGUUUUUGAAGUUAAGAUUAGUUUCCUGACCUAAAUACAUAGGUUCCCUUUAAAAUUUUCCCAUAGCAGAAAUACGUAACUUUGUGGCUGCUGAAAAGUUGUCUUGCAAGAUCUGCAUGGUACUUCUUUCAACAGUGAGUUUGACUGAGAACUUUAAAACCUUUUUAAUUUAAGUUAACAAAAACAAAAAAAUCAUUGGAUAACUGCAUUAGGGACAGAAAGAGUCUAGACUACGUCCACUUUGCUUCUUAAAAUAUUAAUAUCAACUGAGAAAAGGGGGCUUCACCAUGGCAUUCCUGUCAAACUUUUUUGCUGGUUUUAUUCAAAUUAGUUAGAAACUUGAACUAUGUUUUUAGGAAUCUUAAUCUUAAGUAAGUGAUUAGUACCCCAAUGCUGUGUGUAUUAUUACAGUAUCCUUGUCUGUAGUAUUUAUAAAGUUAAGAUUAUGCGGGUAACAGACAAUAUACUUGGCCCAACCUUAAAUGAAGCUUUUGUACUGCAAAAUACAUCUGGCUAUGUGAUUUUUUUUUAAAGCAAAUUUUGGUUUACUAUAAAUAAGUGGUUUAUUUCAAUGCAGGCAAAAUUGUGAAGUUUUAUAGGAAAGAUAGCAUGCUUUUCAUGUGCAAGUACCCGUCAGUAACAAACCUUUUUUUUUUUAAAUUUAAAUAUUUGUAGCUGCUAUGUGGACAGUUGUUCUAUUAAAUGAAAAAUGUAGUGUGGACUUUAACUCAAUGAUUGGAAAACAAGUUACAGACAAACCUUAUCACCAUAAAUUAUUCACAACAUUAUAAACAGUUGUGAGUAAAUAUUUUAUGUUAUCAAAGCUGUACAAUAAAAAGGUAAUGUUUGUAUAAAGUGGUUGCAAACUCUUAAUUUAUACUAUUGCACUUUUAGUAUUUUGUAUUAGGGAGGUUUGUCUAUAAUUUGAAACUGAACAAAGAUGUAAACUAUUUUAUAAAUAGUACUUUGACUGAAGGAGAAUGGGGGGAAAAAACUGUUUCAGUUUCUUGUUUUGUCAUCAGGUCAAACAAUAUGAGAGACCUAUGUUAGUUAAACAGAAAAGCCACCAUGAACUGUCGGAUCCUUAAGUAAAAUGGGGCCUGCCAUUUCCUAAAUUGAAAUGACUCAUUUAAUGUUUCUGCAAAGCCUAUUUAAAAAUGUGGCCAUCCCCAACAGAAUUUUGAUAAAUUCAUUUUAGGAGUGUGAUAUCAAUACAAGCCUAGGAGAGACUAAGAGAACAUUGUGUAGGUUUAAUUUUACUGUAAUCUGUUCUGUCUCUUUCUCACACACCCACAAGCAAGACGUGGACUGCCUAAUAGCACUGGUAUUGUGCACAACAUAACUGGGAAUAAAAUAUAAAGUGUUUGGCUGUAUGAUCAGUCACAACUUUAAAAUAUCCUGAAGUGAUUCCCAAUUCUUGCUGAUUAUCUCCUCAGAUUACUACAAAGCACAAUGUACUCUGAUUAUUCUAAUAUUUUAUGUUUAUUACAUUGUUUAAAUUACACCAAGUAAAUAAAGGGAAUGGUUCCACUCUUAAGCUGGGAGGCUGGGGCUUAAUCAAAACUUGAACAGUAAAUGUUUUGUGUACUACCUCAUUUUUGUGCAUUACAAGUAUGGUGGAGUCUGACACUAUGAACUUCUGUCCAGCAAAAUUGUUCAAGGGACAUUAUGGGUAGCUGGGUAACAGCCCAAGGAGUUUUAUGCCCCUGAAGAAAGAAUCAGAUAGUGAGGUCUUCUCAGUUGCGACUGAAAAAAUAGGACAAUCUCUUUCUUAUACAACAAAAACCAUUACUGUAAGAGGAUGGACUAUUUCUGCCAUCAUGUAAUUGAAUGAAAAUGGUUUUUAAGACUUAUUAGCUGUUUGUUUCUGUUGGAAAUGAACAAUGAACUAUACAGCUCUGUUUUCUACAGUGGUGAUAUAUAUAUUAUAGAGAUAGAUAGAUAGAUAGAUAGAUAUACAAAACAUCCCUAUAAAGUAACAUCUUUGACCACAGUAUGUGGAUUAUUUGGGGAUGUUUCAAAGCAUUGGAAAAAAGAAAACUGAGGUGGCUUAAUGUUGCUGUAUUUCAGCAAUUGAAUGUUUUUAUUUAUCUGUGUAAUUUUUUGUGUGAUCUUUUUUGUUAGUAUUUGGUACCAUGUAGUAUUAUCUCUUCUCCCUAAAGGAUGUGUAUAACUUAAAAAAGAGAUGUAAAGUGUUGUAUAUAAGAUGGUUGAUGAUGGUACAGUAAGACUGACCCCAUUUUGUAUUCAGGGUUAGGUCAUUCCUCUCUGCAUGGUGAAGAGAGACACUAUUUUUAUACUGCGAUACCAUGUAGGGCUAGGAGCCUCCCUGAACCAGCUGGGAAUUGUUACCUAGAUCCAAUAUUUUUUAUUAUUAAAUCUUGUUGGCUUGACACAUCUACUGAUUGAAAUGGAUGUCUUAGUCUAGGUUACUAUUUUUGUCAUAUGGAAUUGAAUAAAAUGCAGGAUGUAAUAUUA